AUGCCUCCUAAAGGGGCAGCAAUCGCACAGUCCAAGGCUGCUGCAAAGCCGAAAACCACCACCACAAAGAAGACUACUACUGCUGCAACUAAGGGACGCACAUCGCAAACCACUACAACUGCUAAAAAGUCGAGCACCGCUACUUCCAAGGCCAAAGCUAGCGAGCCUGCGAAAUCGCGCAAAGCGAAGACUACCACUGAGGCUGCUACAACUGCGCCGGCUUCUAAGAAGCGCAAGGCCACAUCCAUUGAUCGCGAAGAGCCCGUUUCACAGCCCAAGAAGGCUCGCGUCACCAAACCCGCUACUGCUCCCAAGCCAAAACCACCGAAGGUUGUCAUCAACACUGCGCCCUCGACGCGCUUGAACGUUUAUGUGUUCGGAGAAGGUAGCUCCGGUGAGCUUGGAUUGGGCCCUGCAAAGAAUGCCGUCGAUGUGAAGCGCCCACGCCUCAAUCCUCUCCUGCCGGCGGAUGAUAUUGGCGUCGUUCAAGUCGCGGUUGGUGGUAUGCAUUGUGUUGCUCUCACUCAUGACAAUAAAAUCUUGACUUGGGGCGUCAAUGAUCAAGGCGCGCUCGGAAGGAACACUACUUGGGAGGGCGGUUACAAAGACAUCGAUGAUGCCGAUAAUAGUGAUUCGGAUGAUGAUUCGGACGAUGACAGCGGACUGAAUCCUCACGAGUCUACACCCACCGCUAUUCCAGCGGAGUCAUUUCCCGAUGGCACAGUGUUCGUCGAGGUUGUUGCUGGUGACAGCUCUAGUUUCGCUUUGACCGACGAUGGCCUUGUAUAUGGCUGGGGAACUUUCAGGAGCAACGAUGGCAUUUUGGGUUUUGAUGCCGAAACUAAAGUUCAAUCGACUCCAGCCCUUAUUCCGUCUCUGAAGAAAAUCAAGCACUUGGUGUGUGGAGACAACCAUGUUCUUGCAUUGAAUGAAAAAGGGGCUGUCUUCUCAUGGGGCUCUGGCCAGCAAAAUCAGUUGGGACGACGUAUCAUUGAACGCAACCGACUGCACGGUCUACAGCCUCGGGAAUUCGGCCUCCCCAAGAACAUUGUGCACAUCAGCUCCGGUGCUUUCCACUCUUUUGCCAUCCAUGAAUCCGGAAAAGUGUACGCCUGGGGACUUAAUAGUUUUGGUGAAACCGGAAUUCGGGAAGGCGCUGGUGAUGCAGAAGCGGCUAUUGUGCAUCCUACCCUUGUGAAAUCUCUAACAGAGAAGAACAUUACUCAGAUUUCUGGUGGUGCUCACCACUCCAUGGCUGCGAACAAGGAUGGGCAAUGUCUUGUAUGGGGCCGGAUUGACGGUUAUCAGACGGGUAUGAAAAUUGACAAUCUCUCGGAUGAAGCGGUGAUCAAGGAUGAGCGUGAUCGCCCCCGAAUCUUGAUUGAACCGACGGCUGUUCCUGGCAUCAAUGCCAGUGUUGUCGCAGCGGGAUCGGAUCACUCGCUUGCUAUUGAUGUGGACGGCCGCGCGUGGUCGUGGGGCUUUUCUGCGACUUACCAAACCGGACAGGGUACGCAGGAUGAUAUCGAAAUCGCGACUGUAAUUGAGAACACCGCUGUUCGCGGCAAGAAGCUGAACUGGGCUGGUGCUGGUGGUCAAUUCUCGGUCUUGACUGAACCCGCCAACCAAUGA